GACCCCAAGAAAGUUUCGAGUUCCAGCGCAAAAUUUUUGCGGAAAACCUGGGCCAACAAUGUUGCGCCAUGUUUUGUGACCGAGUUACUUGGGUGUUUGCCGCCGGAGUUGGAGUUGAGUUCUUUGGUGGUGCCAGCGCCUGUGGUCUUUUGCACCGGCUUCCUGGGGGGUGUCAAGAAGUACAACGAUGAUACAUCGAUGCUGCGAAGUUUGCCCUUGACAUUGGCGCUGUGUGCGCCAAAGGCCAAGGCAGAGAAACACAAUUUUGCACUGGCUUUGGCGAGCUUCCAUAGCAUGUUGUUGGCCAAGGCGGAGCUGGACUUGCCAGCGAAGGGACCUGUGCCCAAAGCCGUGCCCAAGCGUGUCCUCAAGCGUGAGCCCAGCGCCGCCGAGGAAGGGAAGCCAGAAGUGGAUGGAGCUCCUUUGAUCCAAGUCCCGGACAUCGUAGGGAAGGUUGCGGAGGAAGCCCGUGCCGACAGCGAAGAGGAAGACGAGCUUCAUCGCUGCGAUUCCCUGGACAGAAAAAUCAUGAGCCGCAGAAACUUUUUGUUCCUACAAAAGCACAACCUCAUUGUGAAGCA